UGGAAGCUGCAGAGACCAGCAGCUGCAGUCAAUGAACUCACUGAGAAACAGCACGAUGCCGUGAAGCGCGUGCGUGCGUGCGUGUGCUCAGAACUUUCACGGCUCGGCCAAGGACACCGCUCCACAUGCCUCUCAUUGCCGGAGCAUAUUAACCUGCGGUUUCAGACGAACAGUGACUAAAGCAAGCCUUAGUCACUGUUUGUGUAAAUAUAGCGACUCGGUUGGUGAGUUGCACUUUUGCUCCGUGAUCCCUUGUCAGCUGAGACUGCGCUUGACGGGGGCUUGAGGAAAGACCGGCUGACUGCCAGCAACUGUGGCACCUGCUGAAAAGGGUGGAUAAGUCUGGUUCAGAGCGGAUGAUGUCGGCUCGGUCACUGCUGUAGCAGCUGAGACGGCGCUUGACGGGGGCUUGAGGAAAGACCGUCUGACUCCCGGGAACCCUUCUGGUCCUGAGCACCAGCGGGAUCCAGCUGUGGCACCUGCAGAAACAAGUGGAUAAGUCGGGUUCAUAGAGGAUGAUGUCGCCUCGGUUACUGCUGUAGCAGAUGAGAAACUAGGAGACAGCUGGUCGAUGCCAGUGGGUUUCCACACUCAGAUUCCCAAGUCUUCUGACACCUAACUUCGAGGAGGCUUCGAGUGAGGACAUCGCUGCUUCGGUGCACAGGAAUGUCCUGUCAUUGGCUGCGUGUCGGGGGCAGGAGGAGAAGGAGCGCGUGUCGUUUCGAGCACUAACACAGUCCUCACACUGCAGCCAGCGGAGGUCCAGCCCGUUCCGGAAGGGGUGCGGUGAGGUCCAAACUGGCGCCGUCCCUCCUCCACCUCCAAGGAUCCGUCAGCACGCGCACGCGAAGGCGCCCUCACAUCUACCUUUGGUGAAAUGCAUGUCUCCCACCGCCGCGCAGACCUGAGCCCACAGAACUGCUGCAGCGAAGCCUCAGAGGAGUGCAGACAGGUCUGCUCGGAAAACAGGGGCGUCCAACUAGUGGAGUGCAGUCUUUGCUUCGCAGAGGACAUCAGGCAGGAGGUGACGAGUGGAUCCUUAACGGAGCCGUCCUCGCGGCGCUACCGCUCCUGUGUCCACCGCGAGCUCCCCCUGAGGUCCAGUAGGUCUGUUGUGUUUCUGGACAAGUCGCUCUCCAUUUCCCUCGUGGAUCUGGAAGGAAGACGCGCGCCUGAACCCACGUCGUUCACCUCCACCCUGUCCGUUCGCUUCGGUGCCUCAUCCUGGCACAGACUCGCAGACAACAAAGCAGCCUCCACGCCGGGCCCCGAGCACCGCAGAGGCCCGGGGAGCCCCGCGGGUCACGGCAGAGGCCUCCUGGCAAAGCAGCGGGGCCACGGGGUCACGCAAACAGCACCCGCUCGCGGUGUUAACAGGAAGCCCCCUGAUUCGCACGCACGGCGCCACAGCGGUGCUUUGGGAUUAUUGUCAUUCAGAGGGCCAGGCCCCUCGCACACAAAGGCUGGGAGGCAGAAGGGGAAUGCAGAUGAGGCAGCUCUCGCUACCCGGAGCAAUUUCACUCACAGGCAGCACACUUUCAAUACAGGCCCAGUCGACUCCAGAACACGGGGCGGGCAGCCAGCGGGUGUCAAGGCGCAGGGAGGAGGAGGAGGAGGAGGAAGAGGAGGAGGAGGAGACUGCGAGCGGACGCUCUCCACAGAAGCUCCACGAGCCUCCGCUUCGGUUCGGACCUGCUGCUCUCACCCUCGGCCAAAGGAUGACUCUCUGGACGGAGCCCCCGUGAUUCUCAGCCUCAAAGAGGCUCUGGAGCUGUACAGGCCCGACUUCAUCAGCCGAUCCCAGCGUCGGGUGAGGAGGCUGGAGCAGCGGGCCCGGAGGAGGCGAGCGCUGCAGGGCUGCAGCCCAGACCUGGUGCAGGGCCUCAGGGAGGAUGGAGGCAGACAGAGGAGGAAGUGCACCACGCCAGAUCCGCUUAGCGAUAACCUUUUCAAGCCUAGAGAGAGGUCUAUAUCAGGCGGAGAGAUGCAGCGGAGGUCCAGAAGGAUUUACAACAAGCUGCCGGAGGUGACUAAGAAAAAGGAGGAGGAGAAAAAGAGGGCAGAAUCACAAACCAACAGACUGCGAGCAGAGGUUUUUAAAAAGAGGCUCCUGGACCGGAUCCUCCAAAGAUAACUGAACGCAAACCCGGCCUCUUCUCUCUUCUUCGGAUGUGAUGUGUAAUGAGACUUCGAUGCACCCGCUUCCCUCUGUGCCUGCACACGAGGCCACGCUGGGGUUAAAUCACCUCCGUCAGCCUGAUUACAAAGGGUUUGACGUUCGAGUUCAUAAAACAUCACAUCUGCCUUUUGACACCCACUGAAUCGGGACAAUACAGACGCAGUAUAAUUGUACAGAUUCUUUAUAAUAUGACUCCUCAAGGUACAAUUUCCCGUCAGUGUAUCUCAAUUAUCUUGCAAGGGAAAUAAAAGCAUUUCAAGGACAUCCUG